GGCAUUUGAUUGGAUGAAAUAGAUUAUCUUAGCGAAUCACAUGGACGUAUUGCGAUGUACAGUAUCCAAUUGAACGCCAGAGUUUAGAUCGAAUCUGAAGCGAUAUUCACGCGACCCACGGCGAGCCCCUGGCCCCACGGUGCAACGCGACGUCCGCGGCGCCUUCCUUCUCCCUUCCGAGUACCAAUGAACCGACUGCUGUCGCAGUACUGACAGAUCCCACGAUCUCAUGCACAGGUCUCUCCGUCGUCGUUUGGACCAAAUCAAUUUGGUCGAUCAAACUCACCCGCGUGACUUCAACGGCUUCGUCCGCGCUGUUGUAAGCGAACACGUAGCAGUCGCUUCCCGUCUGACUAAUCGUGCAUUGAGCUUGCACCAUGGGAAACAGCUUGAAGAGGCAGUAGACGCUGCCCCCCGUGCAUACACCUGCACAUGUCGUUCAACCACCGACCGCGCAGGUCAACAUGUUGAUCAUACCAUCGUCGGGCGACCCCAUACGGCACAACCACAACACAAUUCGAUGCUUCAAGUCAUUGUACGCCAUACAGCUUUCCACUGAUCGCUGCGGGGGCUACACAUGGCGUCCGGGAUGUCGGCGGCUCGAGGCAUGUUUUCAUUCAAAGUACCUGCGUACUUCUUCCCCAGCACGAUGCCAAAGCACGUUCCGAUCAUGCCGAAGACGUACACCAUCAUGGCGGCCGUGUCAUCCAGUGUUGAGACGUUUCCUCUCGCGUCAGUCGUCGUCACAAACGUGAGCAGCCACGUGUAGAACGCCAUGAGAGGAGGCAAUUUAACUUGAAUGGUGGUGAGGAGCCCGCCUCCGACGGUCACGGCGAUCGCCAGCGUCGUCGAGUUGGCAGGCACGGCCCAUGCGGCUCGGCGCACCCGCUUCAGGACAAUGUUUAGCAGAACGAGGCUCAUGUACGCGCACCAGACGGUCCGUCCAAGGUACAACACGCCAAGGAGGAACAGCGCCAUGUCGGCGGUCUGGCCCAUGCGAAGACACGCCGCGCCAAAGAACUCGGUGCUUGCGAAGAAGUCGACGACAAACGCCAAACACACCCACACGUUCGACAGCACCAAGCACGUCGGUUCGCCGACAACGAUUUCGUACCGCACGGCCGUCGACGACACGUGCAGCGGCAGCGCUUCGAGAUUCCGUCGCAGGUGCCGCAGCGGCACGUAGUACUUGUACACGAUGAAGGCCAGGAUAGCCAUCGACAUGACGAAGCGAUAGACGAACUUGGCGACGAUCCACGUCGGAGACCAAAUAUACGGCGUGAACGUGAAAUACACUGUGGCAAACUUGUCGUUUGUGGCGGACAUCGUGUCGGCCACGACCCACGCCGCCGACAGACUGUCCUGCUUCGAGCCAAAGUAGAUGCGCCACACACGACCAACGUCGAUACUCGCGUCGCGCCGCCCGCACACGGAAUCCACAAUUGCUCGUUUCACGUCUGGCGGAAAGUAUGGCACCCCCAAGAUGGACGUAAUCAACUGGACAGGGUCGGCGCACGCCGACGACGACACGGACGUUCGCAUGACUUCGACCACGUGGACGGGAUCGUGGUAGUACGCAGCGCCAUGCGGCAACGUGGUGUUGUUGUAUAGCUGCUUGAACGGAUGGAUCGUCGCCACGGCUGGCUCGGGCAGCAGCGAUGGACUGACGGAUGGAAACACGACUGGAGCGCGGUACAUGGCAGUGUCGGAGAUAGGCAACGGUUCCGUCAGGUAGGGUUUCAGGGGCAUCGCAACCAAGUUUACCACGAAGAGACAAGUCACAGCGACCGACGUGGUGGAGAAGUGAACUCGCCGAGGUCGUGAGGCUUCCGCACGAUGCUCGGUGAUGCCACAGGGGGGCUGGACCUCGUCGUCCUUGUUGCCGACGUCGGUAGGCACGUCGGUCAUGGUCGAUUUGGUCC